AUGCAUUACUCUCAGUCCACCAACACAUUAGAUUCCGGAAGCAGCAGCAGCAGCGGUACUGCUGCUGCUGCUCAGGAAGGCCGCCCACUGGCAAGCCGCCAUUCCUUCCGUGGGGUCCGCCGCCGUGGUGGCAGAUGGGUAUCUGAGAUCCGCGAGCCCAAGAAGCCGAACCGCAUCUGGCUUGGUUCCUUCCCGUUGCCGGAGAUGGCUGCGGUUGCCUAUGAUGUUGCUGCCCUGGCGCUUAAGGGUAGUGAUGCUGAGCUCAAUUUCCCGGGGUCUGCCUCAAGACUGCCAGUCCCUGCAUCCACCUCCCCCCGGGACAUCCAGGCAGCUGCCGCUGCAGCCGCUGCAGCAGCUUCUCUUUAUAUGCUUGGAACCGGCAACAGCAGUGAAAAUAAUGCCAUAGUCUCACAACCACCACCCCCAGUUUCGAAUUCGAAUGCAGAUUUCAUCGAUGAGGACCUUCUCUUCGACAUGCCAAAUCUUCUUAUAAACAUGGCUGAAGGAAUGUUGCUUAGCCCUCCCCGAAUGGAUGGCAGCGGUGAUGACGUCGGUGACGACAAUGCCGGUGACCAGAAUCUCUGGAGUUAUACUUAA